AUAUUACACAAGUGGAGAAGAUCAAAGCUACAAUGGUAACCUCAAGAUUCUAUCAGGAUUCAAAAGGGGCAAAAAAACCAAGCAACGUCCGAACGCCACGUGGCAGGGCGGGUAAUCCUGAGUGUGUGGCCGUUAGGAAUGGAAAAGCUGGAACCAAAGGAUUUCCCAGUUUCUGAAACACUCAUCAUCAUUCCACACUAUAAGUUCGCUCCAAUCUCCUCACAGCUUCCCAACUCAGUUUGAAAGAAGCUCCAGCUCCUCCUCCUCUCACUGCAUUCUUACAGCUUUUCCCGUUCCUUCUCUCUCACUCACCAAGCAGCAAUGGCAACCGUUGGUGCUGUCAAUGGUGUUCCGCUAAAGCUGAACGGAGCUGGAGCAACUGCAGUUCCAAGCUCAGCCUUCUUCGGGAGCAGCCUCAAGAAGUUGAACGCUUCAUUCACCGCCCCAAAGAUUUCAUCAGGAAGCUUCAAAAUCAUGGCUGUUGAAGAUGGUGAUGAAGAAAAGCAAACCAAAGGGGACAGAUGGGCCGGACUUUACUACGACAUGUCCGACGACCAACAGGACAUCACCAGAGGAAAGGGUAUGGUGGACACCAUCUUCCAAGCCCCUCAAGAUGCCGGAACUCACUACGCUGUCCUCAGUUCCUACGAGUACAUCUCCCAGGGUCUCCGCACAUACAACUUAGACAACAACAUGAACGGUUUGUACAUUGCCCCUGCUUUCAUGGACAAGCUUGUUAUUCACAUCACCAAGAACUUCAUGGACUUGCCCAACAUCAAGGUUCCUCUUAUUUUGGGUAUCUGGGGAGGCAAAGGUCAGGGAAAAUCUUUUCAGUGUGAGCUUGUUUUUGCCAAGAUGGGAAUUAACCCAAUCAUGAUGAGUGCCGGAGAAUUGGAAAGUGGAAACGCCGGAGAGCCAGCCAAGCUGAUCAGGCAAAGGUACAGGGAAGCAGCCGACAUCAUCAAGAAGGGAAAAAUGUGCUGCCUCUUCAUCAACGAUCUUGAUGCCGGAGCGGGUCGUAUGGGUGGAACCACCCAAUACACCGUCAACAACCAGAUGGUGAACGCCACCCUGAUGAACAUCGCCGACAACCCAACCAACGUCCAGCUCCCCGGAAUGUACAACAAGGAAGAGAACGCCCGUGUCCCCAUCAUCGUCACCGGUAACGAUUUCUCCACAUUGUACGCCCCUCUCAUCCGUGACGGUCGUAUGGAGAAAUUCUACUGGGCUCCCACCCGUGAAGACCGUAUCGGUGUCUGCAAGGGUAUUUUCCGCACUGAUGGCGUCGCUGAUGAAGACAUCGUCGUACUCGUCGACACUUUCCCCGGCCAAUCUAUCGAUUUCUUCGGUGCCUUGAGGGCUAGAGUGUACGAUGACGAAGUUAGGACUUGGAUUGAGGGAGUGGGAGUUGACAUGAUUGGAAAGAAGCUGGUGAACUCCCGGGAAGGACCCCCGAAAUUCGAGCAGCCAAAGAUGACACUGCAGAAGCUGUUGGAGUACGGACACAUGCUUGUCCAGGAACAAGAGAAUGUGAAGAGAGUCCAAUUGGCUGACAAGUAUUUGAGCGAAGCCGCUCUUGGUGAAGCUAACAAGGAUGCUAUCGAGAGGGGAUCUUUCUACGGUUAGCUUUCUGUCUCCAACCCCCCUAGCUAGAGGCCUUUGAUAGGAGGUGCUGCUGCUCAGCAAGUUAAAAUUCCAGUUCCUGAAGGAUGCACUGACCCGCAAGCUAACAACUUUGAUCCCACUGCAAGGAGUGAUGAUGGAUCUUGCUCAUACACUGUUUAGGCCUAUCUAGCAAAAGUCCAAUUGUUGUUAAUUAAUUAUUUGUGUUUUGGUGAAUCCCAGCAGGAGUAAUAAGCCAAGAGAGUCCAAAUUUACUGUUGUUUUCUUUCCUCUGUUUUUUGUUGGAUUAUUAUUGUCCUGUAAUUUUGUGUCACUUUGUUGUAUACAUUACUACUGCUCUUAUUCAAUUAAUUUGAAAGAGUGUGGUUUUCUUUUUAUAACUUAUUGAUCCGUGGUUGAUUCCUGUUGGUUAACUGAGUAUGCAGCUUAAAAUUUUAAGGUUACUGACUUACUGUAGUAUAUCAGUAGAGAUGGGCUCUUCAAAGGAGAAAUGCAAAUGCCCCCAGUUCACAUUAUUGCUUUUGGUAUGCAGUGGCAGAAACAAUGGAACUGCUAAUCAUUCGUAAUACUCUCCUUGAAUUUACACCAUCAAAUAUAAUUGGAAGAUCUAAUGCUUAAAAAGAGAGAGCAUUAACACCUAGACUAGUUUUUUAGUGACUUCAAGUUUGAAAAUCCAUCUUGAAAAUCAUUUUCUUUCACCUCUUUGGCCUUGUUUUAAUCUGCACAUUUUGCCUCAUUUUUACCACCACUUUCUUGCUUCUCCUUCUUAGCUGUUUUCAAUCCCUCUGCUUCUGCCUCCUCUGUUUUUUUGGCCUUUGCUUCUUCCUCUGCCUUCAGCCUUGCAUCUUCCUUGGCUUGUUCAAUAGCUUUAAUCAAUCUCUCCAGACAAAACUCAGCUCCCUCUCCAAACACUCUAGGCAUCAAAUUCUCAGCAACAUCAGCAGGGGUCAUCUUGGUUUCCUCCAGCAUAGUCCCAACUCUAGCAAACAACUCAUGUGAUUCAAUCUUCAAAUAAAUCUUCGCCAGCUCCUUGAACGCUUCAAAUCCACAGUAAGACAGCUCUAUAUGUUUAUCCAUUCUCCCUCGCCGAAUUAAGGCUGGAUCGAGCUUUUCAACAUAAUUUGUCGUGAAAACAAUAAUCCUUUCCCCUCCACAAGCCGACCAUAGCCCAUCAAUGAAGUUCAAAAGUCCAGAAAGAGUAACUUGACUUCCCUUGUUGUUGUCCUCCAACUUCUUCUUCACCUUGUCUUCUGUUGAGUCCUUUUUCUCCCCAUCCUUUUGCUUCUUCUCCCUUUGGCCAGUUAAGUCAAGAGAGCAAUCAAUAUCUUCAAUAACAAUGAUGGAUUUUCCUGAUGUAUCAUUCAGCAAUUUCCUCAACUCCGUAUUAUCCUUCACUGAAGUCAACUCCAGAUCAUACACAUCGUAGUUCAAAAGAUUAGCCAUGGCAGCGAUCAUGGUUGACUUACCUGUUCCUGGAGGACCAUAAAGGAGAUAACCCCUCUUCCAGGCCUUACCGAUUUCAGCAUAAUAAUCUUUGGCCUUACUGAAAUUGAUCAAAUCAUCAACAAUCUCUUGCUUCUUGUUAGGCUCCAUCGCCAGAGUAUCAAAUGUUGCUGGAUGUUGAAAUGUGAUAUAGCUCCACAUGCUCUUGCCAGGCCCAACCCUUUCACUCUUGUUGUUAGUAUACAGUUUCCGUCGCCUCUCCUUAACCAUAAUCUCCUCCCCAACAUCCAAAACCUGUCUCAAAUAUGUCUCGGUUAUGACUUCCCUAUGCCUUUUAUGAAAAGUGAGAAUGAAAUGCUUCUUCUCAUCUUCUCUGGGAUAGAGAGAAAUGGACUGCCGAUUCGAAACAGUCCGGCUGGAAGCCCACCAAACCUUGAUCCCUUGGAAAUCAUCAGUGACUUCUUCAUGGUCCUGCAUACUCAGGACAAAGGCUUUUGGAUUUGGGACAAAGUUGGCCUUAAGCCGCCUGGCUUGCUGGGAAGAGCUCUGGUCAAGGUAUCUUUCAAUGGCCUUGUACCCUUUGUUGCGCUGAAAGCUGUCUCCUUCAUAUUCAGAGAAGGUAAUCCGAAUAUAUGGGUUGAAAUACCUGGUGAUUUUCCUGAUGUAUCUGGCAAUUGGUUGACGGAGUUCGUUGGGGAAAUAGUUUCUGUACAUGGUGUAAAAGAACAGUAGGGCUGCAAUGGAGGAGCCAAAGUUUCCCCAUGAAUCUCCUAUUUUCGCCAUCUUCUGUUUCUAGCUACAAUAGAGGAUAUGUGAUAAAUGGCUGCAGAUUUAUUGCAUUUAAGUAGAGAAAUUCGAGUAAAUAUGUUUAAACAGUAUAAGAAGUCCAAACCAGCUUGCUCAUUGGGAUAUUAAUAAUGACUUUCUUCCAAGCUGC